AUGAGUGAGGGGAUUCAGAGAUCCGCCCUACCCCUUGACAUCCCUCCCACGUCUAGCAAUCUCUCUUCAGUCAGAACUGGAACAUAUCCUCAGUUCCUUGCCUCCCCGUAUGAUAAUGGGGUCAUGGUGUACAUGAGUUAUUUAAAAAAGAAGGAUCUACAAAUCUUCAAGCAGGUGUUGAUGAAUGAGCAGUACCUGCCGGAUACUCUCGGCACCACCUGGGAGCAGCUAGACAGAGCCAGCUGGGCAGAGAUGGUUCACCUCUUAAUAGAAAUUUUUCCUGGAGUACUAGCUUGGCGUGUGGCUCUUGAAAUCCUGAACUCAAUGAACAAGAAAAAAAUUUGUUCCCUGGUCGAGAAGGAGCUAAAGGACAUUCUUCCUACCCUGGAACCAAUGUGCCUCCAUCUAGGAAGAACACCACUGAGUCUGACGAGAGAAGAUUGUGAUCAAAUACAGGCGUACCGACAACACGUGGUGAAAAAUAAUUUCCCUGAAUGGGACAAAACCAUCUGGCCUGGAAACCAAAUGGAUUUCUUAUACAAGGAGGUGAAAAAACACAAUGCUAUCUUGCCAUGUCUCUUUCUACCUAGGAGUCCCCAGGGGAGACAGCCUAAUACGGUGGUCAUCCAUGGAAUUCCUGGUAUUGGAAAAACAACCCUGGCCAGAAAGAUCAUGGGGAUGUGGGCACACAAUGAGUUCUACGCACACAAGUUCAAGUAUGCUUUCUAUUUCCACUGCCGAGAACUGAGCUGGGUGGGAGAGCACAGUUUCUCUGAGUGGAUUGAGAGCCAAGGGCUUAGGUCUCAGGCUCUAGCAUCUAAGAUUUUAUCCAGACCAGACCAACUUCUGCUCCUAUUUGAUGGCUUUGAGGAAUUCAUGUGUUCCCUCAUCACAAAGCCAAUUGGUCUGACAGAAGACUGGAACCAGAAGCUGCCUGGGUCUCUUCUCCUGAGCAGUUUGCUAAGCAAAACGAUGCUUCCAGAAGCCACACUCCUGAUCAUGGUGAGACCAGCCUCCUGGAAAAGCAUUAAACUCUUAGUCAAAGAUCCCAUCCAUGUCACCCUGACAGGAUUUAGUAGGACUGAAACACUCAACUAUUUCAGGUUGUACUUCCAUAGGAAAAGGAUGGGCGAUGAAGCUGUGGAUUUUGCCAUGAAAAACGCCAUCCUCUUGUCCACGUGUCGGGUCCCUGUGAUAUGCUGGAUGGUAUGUUAUUGUCUAAGUAGACAAAUGGAAGAGACAGUAGACCUCACAAAGGCUUGCCCAAAUGCGACAUCUGUGUUUGUCUUGUAUCUGGCAACCCUGUUCCAUACAAUAUUUAAGGAACUUUCCAGUAGGGAUUACCAAAAGCAACUGGAAGGUGUGUGCCAUCUGGCUGCCUACGGAAUAUGGUACCAGAAGAGUGUGUUUAAUAAGACAGAAUUUCAGUAUGUCAUGGUGGAGGAGGCCACCAUAGACACUUUUCUUCAAGUGAACAUUCUUCAAAAGCUAGAAGGCCAAAGGGACCAUUACGUGUUUACCCUGUUUAUCUUCCAGGAAAUUUUGGGUGCCUUGUUUCACAUUCUCUGUUAUGCUCAAAGAGACAUGUACUAUCACUGGUUGAGCCACAGAGACAUCCAGGAUCUGAUCAUUUUGUCAAGAGAACGUGAAACCUAUCAGUCUCAGAUGGGGCUUUUCUUUUUUGGUCUUUUAAAUGAUGAGUGUACCAAGAUUGUGUUGAGAUCCUUCAAGUGCGAGUUAUUCUUAGGUAACAAAUUAAAGGUCGUAAAAGUGAUAAACUACUUGAAUAGCAAUCAAUGCUAUGAGACCUCACAGCUCUUCCACUGUCUGACCGAAACCAGGGAGGAGAACUUUGCAAUCAGUUCACUGGUGGGUUAUCAAAAAGUGUCUUUGAAAAUCAAGAGCCAAGAAGACCUAGAGGCAGCCGCUUUUUGCCUUAAGCACUGUCGAGAUUUGAAGAAAGUAGAACUGACUCUCUCAAGAGACUUCUACAAGGACCUGGGGUCCAGCGCAGUAGAUCUUUCCUAUGGCUCUCAAAUGAAAGAGGAUGAGAUUCUCUUCCACUGGUGGCGAGAUGUCUGCUCUGUGUUUGAAACAAGUGAAAAUUUGGAAGUGCUGGCUGUGUCCAACAGCGUCAUGAAGGACCCAGUGAUGAAGAUACUCGCCACUGCCCUGAAGAAGCCCCAGUGUAAGCUACAGAGACUGCAACAGCUGAGAGUAGAACAUACAAAACUGGGAGAGGAGGCCAUGAAAGCCCUGUGUGAUGCUGGAAUCCCCCAGUGUCUUCUGCAGUGUGUAAGGUUGGAGCACUGUGAGGCCACCCCUAGAGACUGGGUUCAUCUUAUUAGUGAUCUUCAAAGGAGUACACAACUGAAGACUCUGCUACUGAGAGCGAAUUUCCUAGGAAUUUUUGGGGUGAAUUACCUGUCCAUGAAUCACCUCAGGGAGCUGGCGCUGGAGAAUUGUAACCUCACUGAGGUCUCUUGUGAAGGAAUUGCCUUCUCUCUCAGGCACAGUCAGGUGCUGACCCACCUGAGCCUGGCACAGAACAACUUGACGGAUGCAGGAUCUAGGCAUAUCUGGAGUGCUUUGGAAUAUUCAACGUGUCCUUUGCAGAGACUGGUGCUGAGGCAGUGUUCUUUGACUUCGGCUUGCUCUAUGUAUAUGACGUCGGCUCUCAAGAACAAUAAAAACCUGAGAAGUCUGGACCUGAGUUUCAAUCAGCUGAGGGACGAUGGGAUCAUCCUACUUUGUGGAGCACUGGCAGAAGCUGACUGCGGCUUGUUAAUUCUGGAGCUGGAACAAUGCGGCUUCACCUCCAUCUCUUGCCAGGCUCUGGCAUCCAUGUUCUGUAGCCACAAGAACCUGAGGCACCUGGACAUAAGCAAGAACGUCAUCGGGAUCGAUGGCAUGAUGACCUUGAGUCUGAUGGUCUUCAACCACAGGCGGGAACAACAGGUGGCUCUGUAA